CAUCAGGUUGCAUACCUUGAAUAUGCACAAUACAAGUUAUUUUUUUAAUUAAUUAAAAAAGGACUGGGCAUGGUGACUCACACCUGUAAUCCCAGUACUUUGGGAGGUCAAGACAGGGGGAUCCACUGAUCCCAGGAGUUCCAGACCAACCUGGUCAAGAUGGUAAGAUCCCAUCUCUAUUUUUAUUAAAGAAAGGUAAAUAAAUAGAGACAAAUAAAUCUCCACUGGAGAUUUUUUCUCCAGCGGAAGAAAAAAUUGAAAGCAAUUUAAAUCCCUAACUCAGAUUCUCAAGAGGUACUGAAAGGAGAACAUAUAUACUGUAUAGCAAAUUUUCUAAAACCCCUUUUUCUUCAUCUUUUACCAUUUUUAAUUUAUCUUUUCACCCAACUCCCUUAAAUCUCAACAUGUCUCUCCACCUUCUCAUCCGUAUAAACUUCUUUUUGAAAGAUAACUCUCUACCUUUUAAAAAGGAAUUCUCAGGCGAGGCAUGGUGGCUCAUGCUUGUAAUCCCAGCACUUUAGGAUGCAGAGGAGGGUGGAUCACCUGAGGUCAGGAGUUCGAGACCAGCCUGGCCAACAUAGUAAAACCCUGUCUCUACUAAAAGUACCAAAAUUAGCUGGGCAUGGUGGCACAUGCCUGUAAUCCCAGCUACUUGAGAGGCUGAGGUAGGAGAAUCACUUGAACCUGGGAGGCAGAGGUUGCAGUGAGCUGAGAUCAUGCCAUUGCAUUACAGCCUGGGCAACAAGAGCUGUAGGAGAGGGAUCCUUCCAUGCCUCUUUCUAGCUUCUGGUGGCCCCUGUCAAUCCAUGGCAGCCCUUGGCUUGUCAAUGAGUCAAGCUUCAGUCUCUGGCUCCAUCAUCAUGUGGUAUCCUCUCUGUAUGUCUGUCUCUUCUUCUUCUUCUAUUUUUUUUUUUAUUUUUGAGACUGUGUCUAGCUGUGUCACCCAGGCUGGAGUGCGAUGCACAAUCUCAGCUCGCUGCAGCCUCCGCCUCCCUAGCUUAAGCAAUUCUCCCACCUCAACUUCUGGAGUAGCUUGGAUUGCAAGUAUGCACAACCAUGCCUGGCUAAUUUUUACAUUUUUUCUAGAGAUGAGGUUUCACGAUGUUUCCCAGGCUAGUCUCAAGCAAUCCUCCUGCCUCAGCCUCCCAAAGUGCUGGGAUUACAGGCAUGAGCCACUGUACCCAGCCUCUUCUCUUCUUGUAAAUUCACUAGUUAUAUUGGAUUAGGGCCCAUCCUGAUUUGAUUAUAUCUGCAAAUAGCCCAUAUCCAAAUAAGGUCAUAUUCACAAGUACAGUGGGUUAAGACUUCAGCAUAUCUUUUGGGGGAGAUACAAUUCAAUCUAUGACAAAGUACAUAAUCCAAUGGGAAAGAUAUUUUAGUAGAGCAGUUUGGAGUAAUCUCUCCUUGAGUGAGGCAUCUAAAAAUAGGUCCCGAUUUCACAAUAAAAUACCUUCAAUCUUUGAAACUAUCAGAAUAGAAACAACAACCUAGGAGAGUUUAGAGAAGAGGGAUUGGAAAAUAGCACCCUGAAGAAGCCAGCAUUGGUGGAGUAAAGACAGGAGGAGGCACUCAUGAAGGAAAUAGAGAAUAGGGAGCCAGAGAUGUUAAAAGGGAACUGGAUGAGGGUGAUGUCAAAGAAGCCACAGGCGAAGAGAGUUUCAUAGAGGCGGAAGUGGCAAUCAAAGCCAAAAGCCAUAGAGAGGUCAGGAAGAAGAGGUAACCGUUGGAUUUGCAAUUUAGGAGGUUAGUCGUGGCCUAGAAUGAAAAUGUUUUCAAUGGAGUGGGAGGGAAAUAAGCCAGAGAGAAUUGAAGAAUGAACAAGUUAGAAAGUGAGGAUAACAUGUAUAGUCUACCCUUUACAGAGACUUGGCCAUGUAAAGAAAGAACAAUGGCUGCAGAGGAGAGAUAGGUACUGUGUAAAUUGUUAUUAUUUUAGAUGGUGAGACUUGAGCAUUACUGUGGGCCCAGAAGAAGGAUCCAGUUGGAAACAAAAAGGUUGGAAUAGCAUAACCAGCAAUCAUUUCCAACCUUCUUCUCCUUGCCUGCCUCUCAUUAUUGAGGCUGUGAAGGAAAAACAAACAAACAAAAACCAACAGAUAAGCACUUUCCCAGACUACUGUACCCACUCUCCUUCGAGAUGACCCCCCAGUGUCUGCUCUCCUCUUCUUUUCAGUAACAAAAUCUGGACUAUUAGUUGGACACAUGACCAUUCUAAAUAAAAACUCAUUCUCCAAACUUCUCUCAAUUAGUUGUGGCCUAAGGCUAAAUGUUGACCUAUGGGUUAUAAGCAAAAGUAAUGUGUAUAAUUCCAGAAUGUGUUCUGGAGGAGGGAACCUUCCUUUCCCUUAGUCUUUUCUGCUGGGUGGAAUGUAGAUGUAAUGGCUAGAGCUAGAGCAGCCAUCUUGGACCAUGAGCUGGAAGGAGCCUAAUUUCCUGAGAACUUAGUGAAGUAGUGCAGGUCUACUAGAAAUUACAUCCCAUAGGGCAAGUAGGUCUGUUCAGAAAGAGCUGGGGUUUGGUGGGUCAAGGUCCUGGAGGAUCAAGAAAAGAUGGACCCUGAAGUACAUGUAUAUUUAUGUGUAUACCAGGGUUAAAAAUAUAUAUAUUAAUUCUCUCUUAUAGAUUAUAUAAAUAUUAUAUAUUCUUUACAUAUACAGGAAUUCCUCUUUAGCCAUGGUUUCAGUUACCCAUAGUCAAUGCAGUCUGAGAAUAUUAAAUGGAAAAUUCCAGAAAUAAGCAAUUUGUAAGUUUUAAAUUGUGUACCAUCCUGAGUCACAUGAUGAAGUCUUUCACUAUCCUGCUCUUACCUGCCUGGGAUGCAAAUCAUCCCUUUGUUCAGUGUUUCUAUACUGUAUGUGCCACCUGCCCAUUAGUCACUUAGUAGCUGUCUUAGAGGUAUAUAGGAUUUGGUAUUAUCCUUGGUUUUGGGCAUCUCUGGGGCUCUUGGAAUAUAUCCCCCUGGGGUAAGGGAGCAUCUGUUAUAUUAUAGAAAGCUCUAUUGGAUAGUGCUCCUCUAGACUUUUUAGGCAUAUGUUAGAGAAGGUACUUUCAUCUCUCACUACUUCCUCUCCUGUCUGCCCACUCUUCCAUAUCAAACACCCACCAGAGUCAUAUACCUGGACUGUUUCAUGUAGGGGUUAAAAUCAUGGGCUUUAAGACCCAAUAGGUUGUAGCUACUUAACUAAUUGUGUGGCCUUGGUCAAAUUAUUUAUAUCCUCUUUGAACCUCAGAUUCUUUGUCUAUAAAAUGAGCAUCAUAACAGCAUCUGCUUCUUAGGGUUAGUCAAAGGAUUAAAUGAGAUAAUAUGGUUCCAAAGUGGCUGCAUGGAAGCAAGCUGGCUUCACUCUCCUAUAAUGGAAAACUAAAAACUAACAUUCAGCACUGAAAUUAUCACCAGGAAUAUCCCAGAACUCAAAUAUGAGAAUGAGACAAUUCCUAGGGCCACAGAGGUGUUUAAAAAACUCAGCAGAUGGUAAGAAAAUCAGACUUCCAUAUCUAUAAGCCCCUCCCCACAAUCCUCCAGGCACCAAGUGCAUGAAAAUUUCCCCCAACUCAGUCUGUACACUUUACAAAGCAAGAUCAAGGUGGACAACUAGCUUCUCCACAAUCUUGGGUUCCCUGGCAGAAGACUUGUUCCUGUCUCAACCACUAGACACAUCAGCAGUCCCUAAAGGAGAAACAUCCCUGAGAACAGCCAGAGACAAAGGGGAGAGGUGGGACUACCAUCCCAGCCCUGGAAACUCUGCUGUGUAAUUUGACAAAAAGAGAUGGAGAUGCCAAAUCAGAGUGGCUGUUCAGUAGCACCACACUGUAGGAGGUUGGGUCCAUGGGUUACCUGGACACUGAAUCCCUAGCCAGCCUUCCCAUACUACUGGGAUAACCCCCAUAAAGGACCAGGGGCACUGAUUAUUAGAAUGGAGGCAAACCUGGAUUUCAUCACCAUCUAGUGCUCAAAAUGGGGCAGCGACCUAGCAAGGAGGAAAAGAAAGAAAGAAAUCAAUAGGUCAAUGAAAUAAUACAUGUAAAGUACAGCCAGUCUUCACUUUGCAUGAUAGCACUGUUCUGUAAAAAUGACUGUGCAAGCCAACACCCUUCAAAGUGAUCUUAAUUAUCAUGGGAAAAAUUACCAUUGUUUUGUGAUCUUUAAAUUCUUUUUUGUCAAAAUAUUAAGAACUCUUACUGUUGGUUAUAAAUAUAUAGAGAAAUGAAAAAAUUAGUAAACCUAAUAUUUCUUUAUUAUGUCAUAAUUUAAAACAGAAAUGUUGGGAAUAAAGUGUUUUAUUUCUUUGCAUAAAACUUAUGACUAGUAGUUUAAACCAUGCUUACCACCUUCUUCUUGUCAUAUAGCUUACUAUACGGAGUGAGCAUUUUUCUAUGCUGUGGCAAAUUGUCAUACUUCUUUCUAAAGUUUUUAAAAAAUUUUUUUGAGACAGGGUCUCUGUCGUCUGGGCUGGAGUAUAGUGGCAUGAUCACAGAUUACCACAACCUUGACCUCCCAGGCUCAAGUGAUCCUUCAGUAGUUGGGACCAUAGGUACGUCACCUGGCUACCUCAGCCUCCUGAGUAGUUGGGACCAUAGGUGCAUACACCUGGCUAAUUUUUUUAGUUUUUGUAGGGUCUCCCUAUGUUGCUCAGGCUGGUCUUGAACUCCUGAGCUCAAGCAGUCCUCCUGCCUCAGCUCCAAAAGUGCUGGGAUUACAGGUGUGAGCCACCAUGCCCAGCCUCCUUUCUAAGUUUUCCUUUGUGCUUUCAAUGUUGUGAGAUAUACUUGAGAGUUUCUUUAAUGUGAAUUUUUUGCUCAUUUCACCUUCUGGAACAUCUUCAUCCUUUUCCUUACUACUUCCUUUUUUAUUUGUAUUCAUAAGUUUACCUUUGCUAAGUCUCUCUGGAUGCUCAUCUGGAGUUGAACAGUGGCAAUGUCAACAUUCCCAUUGCCACCCAUUUCUUCUGUAACUCCACUGAUCUUUAAUUUGAACUUCACUCCUACAAUUAUCACUUUUUGUUCUUUGCUUCAUUUUAUCUUUAUUGGCAAAUUCUAUUGUUGAUUUUUAAGAAUGUCACAUGGAGAUAAGGAGGCAGCAUACUUUGCUGUCUGUGCAUAACUGAAUAACUGAUGUCCAGUGACCAGACACCAGCAGACUACAAAUGAAAUGAUAUGCUUGGUCACUGAUCAUGGUGUGCAUCUAUUAUUUGCAUAGUGAUUUUGUGGACUGAAAACCUGGCAGCAAAGCUUGUAUUUAUGCAAUUACACAGUUAAUAUACUGUGUAUAUUAUUAUUCAAAGCUUGUAUUUAUGCAAUGACCACAGUUAAUAUACUGUGGUAACUGAAAUUUAGACUGUGCUGUUGGGGGGACUUGUGUUAUGUAACUAAUUGGUGCUAAUUGAAAUCUGUGCUGUGCUGUUGCCAUGCCAAGGCAAGGACUGUGCUAUACUUAUACAUUGCCUGUCCUGUAGUUAGCAUUUAAUAAGUAAUAGCUUGUUUUAUUUCUAUCAUUAUCAUGAUUUUAUUGUAUUUUUAUAGUUUCUGUUCCUCCUUCUGAGCUGCAUGUCAAAAAGUCAACCCUAGAGUGCUGGAGGUGGCAGACAGUCCUGUGUUUUCAGCCAAAAGUAUAAAUUGCAAUGUCUUUAAUCUCAAUUGAGGACUCAGGCCAAGGGCCAAAGGCUUAUUGCCAGAGGUCUGAGAAGAGGUUCUGGGGAGUGCUAGCAAGUGGGCAGAACUCAAUAGCAGAGAUCCUGGGCAGGGACUGUUGCUGAGGUGAGGGAAACAGAUGGUGUCUGAGAGGUCUGUUUACAGAUUGCAGGGCUCCAGCUAUGGGUCUUGGCUGAAGCUAUCACCAAAGCAUAGAGAGGGCAGCUGGCAAGAGCAAGGCAGGGCUCCAGGCUAGAUAGAACCUAACCUGCUUGCCAGAACAGGGAACUGGGCCAAGGAAGAAAAUCAAUUACAGCAUACAAGAGAGAGGGAACUCAAGUGCAAGACUCAGGUGCUGGAGCAAUUGCUGCAGCUCAGGGAGCAGCAGGGGAGAGCAAGAGCACUGAAGCUCAGGGCAACAAGAAGAUGACCUGCACCUGAACCACACCAGGCAAAUGAGACGGAAUUGCUCCUGCUAUGGUAAUCCCUGCCCCAUAUGUGUGAUCUUGGAGCCCAGCCAUGGGGAGACAAAUGUGGCAAACAGACUUGUCAGCCUGACCCAAUGUAGUAAUUCAUCUACUACUAUUGAAGAUUUCUUCCUUUCCUACCAGGCAACCUUAUCAGCUUUAAUAGAUUAUAUGUAAGGUCUUAUCUAAAACUAAUAUACUCAGUCAAGACAGACCCAGUUAUCAAGAAGAAAUAAACAUCUGACCUUCAACGAGUAAGAAAUAAACAUGGAAUAAUAAUGACUCAGAUACAUGUUUUGUUGACAAAUGAUAACACAAAUAUAAAAUGCGUGUGAAGUGCAUACAUAUUGCUGGGGCUGCCCUCAGGCAUGUAACUAAAUCUAACCAAAGUUACUUGACCACAUAAGGGUUUAUUUUCCUCACAUGGCAAGAUUUUCCAAAAGUAGUUAGUUCAGGGCUGCUGUGGUGAUUCUCUGUGCCAUCUUUAGCAUAAGCCAGGCUGCAGAAUGACGCAGUGCCAGGGACCCUAUUCACAUCGUGCAAGGAUAUUUUCAAUUUACUUCUAUAGAUCUACUCUCCACCCUUCAACCUGUUCAGUGUCCUGAGAGACCCACCUAAAUAGAUUAUAGAACUUGAACUCCUUGCCCUCUGACUUCUAGUUGGACUUGGCCAAUGGAAGGCCUGCUGCACCUGAUGGCGCAUAAUUCUGGAAGGGCAGUGGGAAACCCUGUGAGCCAGGAGUGGUUAUCUUAUUUUCACUCAUGUGUGUGCAGUGAGUACUUAGAGCGUAGUAUGCUAUGCUGCCCCUGAACCUUCUGACUUCCCAGAGGUGACCAAUGUUUCAGCUAAAAAAGCUUAGCUAAAUGUUUGAAUACUGUUGUGCUUUAAAAUAAGGCACAACUUUCUGAGCAUGGUGAUGCAUGACUAAAGUCCCAGCUACUCAGGAGACUGAGGAGAAAGGCCCAGGAGUGUAAGUCCUCUAAAAAAUAAUCAUAAUUAAUAAAUAAAUAAAAUAAAGUACAAGACGCUAGGAGUAGAGAGAAGAGGAGUGGCAUAAUGUCAAGCCUCUCCAGGAGAAUAGAUGCACUUGCUGGCUUCUGUGAGGACUUCAGAAUAAGGGUAGAUAAGGGAUCACAAAUGCAGUAAAUAAUUCUGCACACGCAGCAAUAUGGUGCUGAAGGAUGACCAGUGUGGAUGCCACUUAACCCUACUGUUGCAGCCUCAGAUCCUAGUAUUUGAAACAUGUCUCAAGAAGGAAACACUUAAGAAGUGCUGAAUAAGAAUUUCAACCCUGGCUUCAUCAGUAACUUGCUUUGGGAACUUGGGCUUUAAUUUGCUCAAAGCCUCAGUUUGCUCAUCUGUAAAUUGGGGCAAAUAACAUCUGCUCAACUUACCUGCCAGAAAUGUGUAUGACUAAAAAGAAAUAGAAGAUAUGAAAAUGCCUUGGCUAUAUUCAAAGUUCUGUAUACAUGGAGGAUAUUCAGGAUCCUCCCAUCUUCAAAGUUUAUGUCUGAGAAACCCCUAUUAAAUUCUUUAGAAUGGCUCAAUAUAGUAGCCACUAGCCGCAUUGACUAUUUAGUACUUAAAUGUGACUAGUGCAACUGAGGAACUGAAUUUUUAAUUUUAUUUAACUGUAACUAAUUUUAAUUGAAAAACUGAUACUCUAUUCAGUUACUAGAAAACUUUUAAGUACACUUCUAGCAAUGUGGAUUUGUAAAUUGACUUUUUUUCCAGUGUUUUUUUCUAAUUUUUAAAAUUUUAAUAGACAUACAAAUUUUGGGUGUGCAUUCAACAUUUAAUAUUAAUACAUUCAUAUAAUUUGUAAAGAUCAAAUCAGUGUAAUUGGGAUCUUCAUUACCUUAAAUGAAUCUACUUUUUAAAUGGUACAUUGUAUAAAAUCUAAAUAUAUGUGAAGUGUUUCUGUUUAAAUUUAGUGUGUGAACUGAGAUGUGCUGCAAGUGUAAAAUACACACCAAAUUUCAAAGACUUAGUUAAAACAAACACUGGGAAGGGCAGGAGAACGGGAGCGAUAGGGAGAGAUUUGUUAAAGUUUAUUAAAGUAUAGCUAGAUAGGAGGAAUAGUGUUCUAUGUGGUUGUAGUAUGGCCAUAGUUAAAAAUAAUACGUAGUUUCAAAGAGCUAGAAGAAAGAUAUUGAAUGUUUCCAACAUAAGCAUCAAUAUUUGAGAUGAUAGAUAUGCUAAUUGCAGUGUUCUGAUCACUAAACAUGAUAUAUAUUGAAACAUCACUACGUACCCCACAAAUAUGUACAAUUAUUAUAUGAAUAUGUAUCAAUUAAAACAAAUUAGAUUUAAAAACAAAACAAAGAGAAUAUAAAACAUCUUUUUAAUAAUGUUUUAUAGUAUGUGUUGAAAGAAUAACAUCUUGUAUAUAAUUAGGCAAAGUGAAAUAUAUCCUUAAGAUACAUUUUACCUCUUUGUGCUUUUUUCUUAAUGUGACUACUAGAAAAUUUAAAAUUAUAGCCAGGUGCAGUGGUGUGCACCUGUAGUCCCAGCUACUCAGGAGGUUCAGACGGGAGGAUCACCUGAGCCUUGGAGCUCACAGCUGCAGUGAGCUGUGAUCAUGCCACUGCACUCCAACCUGAAUGACGAAACAAGGCCCGGUCUUUUUAUUUAAAAAAAAAAAGUAAAAUUGGCCAGGCGUGGUGGUCGACACCUGCAAUCCCAGCACUUUGGAAGGCUGAGGCAGGCAGAUCACCUGAGGUCAGGAGUUCGAGACCAGCCUGGCCAACAUGGUGAAACCCCAUCUCUACUAAAAAAAAUACAAAAAUUAGCCGGGCGUGAUGGCUGGUGCCUGUAAUCCCAGCUACUUAGAAGGCUAACACAAGGAGAAUUGCUUGAACUGGGGAGGCGGAGGUUGCAGUGAGCUGAGAUUGCACUACUCUACUCCAGCCUGGGUAAUAGAGUGAGACUCCAUCUAAAAAAAAGUAAAAUUACAGUGUGGCUUGCAUUUUAUUUCUGUUUGAGAGCACUACUUUAGAAAGACACAGCGAACAAGGAGAUCCUUAUAUCCUUAUAGGAAUUAGGAAUAGGGGCCUUUGCAGAAAUAAAUUCUGUGAUCCCAGACAAAGUGCUGGUACCGUCUCCGGAGUUUGAGAACCCAUGGCAGAAAUAUAGAACAGUGUGGAUUGCUGUCGAGGUCAGCUCCCAGCUUCCUGCCUGAUUCCUCUCUGAUUCCUCUUUUGUUCAGGCACAAAAACACUCCAUUUUGAAACUUUUGUCAUUGUUGCCUUGGUAGAAGGAGACCACAGUUGUUACCUGGGUUUUGAUUUGGGGAUAACAGCAUUUCAAUGACUAGAUUUCAUGAAGAUUCUCAAAUCAGCAUGAAUUUUAUUUUUCAUUUGAGUUCUUUCAAAGUUUGCCUUAGACCCAACGUGUGGUAGAAAGUCACUCUGCAAGCAUUUGCUCUUCUCUGGUUUUGUGUCUUUUCCUCCAGAACAGGGUUGUUUUGUUUUAAUGUUUUGCACGUAGCCAGAGGAAGUCUGGCGCAUCCGAGCUGGCCAGCUGAGCGCAUCUGGAACUGGUUUCUGGGACCGCCCCUCUCUGCCAGCGCAACUCCUGGGUUCCCAGCGGCUUCGCGCAGAGGUGGAAGAAACCCAAGCCGCUCCAAAGUCAACGCAAGCAAAGGGGGGUGGGAGUCGGGGAGGAAUAUACUUUUGGAAACGUAAUAUUGGCCUUGGGGCUCUCCAGCCCUUUGGGACUUCCAAUGGGAUCUUAGAAGCAGCCGAUGCAGCGUGAGGGCAGCAGCCCAAGGCCAGCCACGAUUUGAAUGCUCUGCCUUGCAGCUCUUCUGGAUCGAGGAGCCCAAAGCCCUACCCUCACCAUUCACCAGGUCCUGUGAAGAGCAGCGUGGAGGUGGGCUGAGGUUAGCAGGUGGAGAGCGUGGAAGAAGAUUGUGGUUUGAGUAUUGGACUUCUGUUCUUGAACAGUCCCUGGGCCUGCCAUAGGAAAGGAAGUUCUCCUGGAUCACUGUUCUUAUCUGCGUGAACACACAUGGCUCUGUUACGAAAAAUUAAUCAGGUGCUGCUGUUCCUUCUGAUCGUGACCCUCUGUGUGAUUCUGUAUAAGAAAGUACAUAAGGGGACUGUGCCCAAGAAUGACACAGAUGAUGAAUCAGAGACUCCUGAAGAACUGGAAGAAGAGAUUCCUGUGGUGAUUUGUGCUGCUGCAGGGAGGAUGGGUGCCACUAUGGCUGCCAUCAAUAGCAUCUACAGCAACACUGAUGCCAACAUCUUGUUUUAUGUAGUGGGACUCCGGAAUACUCUGACUCGAAUCCGAAAAUGGAUCGAACAUUCCAAACUGAGAGAAAUAAACUUUAAAAUCGUGGAAUUCAAUCCAAUGGUCCUCAAAGGGAAGAUCAGACCAGACUCACCGAGGCCUGAAUUGCUGCAGCCCCUGAACUUUGUUCGAUUUUAUCUCCCUCUACUUAUCCACCAACAUGAGAAAGUCAUCUAUUUGGACGAUGAUGUAAUUGUACAAGGUGACAUCCAAGAACUGUAUGACACCACCUUGGCCCUGGGCCACGCAGCGGCUUUUUCAGAUGACUGCGAUUUGCCCUCUGCUCAGGACAUAAACAGACUCGUGGGACUUCAGAAUACAUACAUGGGCUAUCUGGACUACCGGAAGAAGGCCAUCAAAGACCUUGGCAUCAGCCCCAGCACCUGCUCUUUCAAUCCUGGGGUGAUUGUUGCCAACAUGACGGAAUGGAAGCACCAGCGCAUCACCAAGCAAUUGGAGACAUGGAUGCAAAAAAAUGUGGAGGAAAACCUCUAUGGCAGCUCUCUGGGAGGAGGGGUGGCCACCUCCCCAAUGCUGAUUGUGUUUCAUGGGAAAUACUCCACAAUUAACCCCCUGUGGCACAUAAGGCACCUGGGCUGGAAUCCAGAUGCCAGAUAUUCGGAGCAUUUUCUGCAGGAAGCUAAAUUACUCCACUGGAAUGGAAGACAUAAGCCUUGGGACUUCCCUAGUGUUCACAACGACUUAUGGGAAAGCUGGUUUGUUCCUGACCCUGCAGGGAUAUUUAAACUCAAUCACCAUGGCUGAUAUGACUCCGUCCUUAAAAUAUUCCCUGUAUAGAAACGUGGAAUUGCCCCUUUGUAGCUUACUAAAACGUUUUUUAUGAACAUCACCUUUGAUCCACAAUAUAAAAGCCAAAAUAUAAAAUGUUCACACUACUGUGUGAAAAUUAUACCUUGGACCAUAUAAGCAUUAAUUUACUUUUUUUUUUGAGAUGAAAUCUCACUCUGUAGCCAGGCUGAAGUGCAGUGGUGCAAUCUUGGCUCCUGGGUUCAAGUGAUUCUCCUGCCGCAGCCUCCCAAGUAGCUGAGACAACAGGCCCGUGCCACCACACACAGCUAAUUUUUAUAUUUUUUAAGUUCACCAUGUUGGCCUAGAUGGUCUUGAACUCUUGACCUUGUGAUCCGCAUGCCUUGGCCUCCCAAAGUGGUGGGAUUAAAGGCGUGAGCCACCCUUUAAGUACAUGUGUUAACUAUGGAAAUCAAGAUUAUGUGACUGAAAAACAUAAAGGCAUAGACCCAUCUAGAUACCAGCCAUCAAUCUGCUUAAUUCUGAAUGACAAUUAUAUUCACCAAUUUUUAAAACUUCUAAAUGUAUUUUUCACAUGUAGAUUUUUUUUUAACAGGUUGCCAAUCUUUUAUAAAACUAUUACAUUUAAAAUUUGGAUGUCUGAAAAAUAGGAUCUUCAUGAUUUUUAUGAUUUUCAUCAUGUUACUAUUGUUUAUGUUAAAUAUAAUAGAAGGUAAACAGACCUCAGGUUUAAAGGGAGAAAGAGUACCAUUAAGUCUUGCUAUAGAAAAAGCCUGUAACUUAAGGAUAACAAUUCUUAAUAUCUUUUAUUGUAAAAGCCAUUAGACUUUCAAAUGAGUUUUAAAACUUUCAGUAUUAUUUAAGGAAAAAGUCUCAUACUGUCAUGUACAGGAUAUAUCAACAUUUACUACUCAUCUGUCGUGUUAAGGAAAAACAUUAUUGUACGCUUGGAAAAUUCUCAAACCCAUUUCUAAUGGAUAUCUGUCAUAAGUUAAAGGGUAUUUUCUCCAUUCAAAUAAAACUAUCUAUUGUAAAGCUACAACAGUUAUAUACCAAAGUAAUACCUAGUUACAUGCUUUACAUAGUCCCGUGAAAAAAUAAUUGAAUUGCUCCUAAUUCCUGAUGCAAGGCGCUUCAAAGCACCUGCACAAAACGUCCAUGUAAACAGCAGUACAGUACAUCAUUUAAAUAACAUAAACAACUUUUACACAGCUUGGCCUAGACCUAAGGAAAAAUAAAACCCAUCAUAGCCACAGCUAAAAAGCAUGUUAAGAUUCACAACAAGAAUUUGCUUCUCUUAUUAUAAAGAGAAGAGCAAUCAUAUAACCUCUGGGGGGUGGGGGAGACCUCAUAAAUAUUUUAUAUUGACAAAACAGCAUGCUCCCUGGGUAUGUAUGAAAUCAGAAUAUUUAGGAGUGACUGAGUGAAUGCAGAUGGCAUUUCUUAGCACCCAGCUUUAAUAUCUAUCAGACCUAGUAGUCUGCAUUAUCUGUAGCACCAUGGAAAACUCAAUAGAAAAUCACAAAGGUAUAUAUUCAACCUUUCCAUGAGGUUCAUUUAAUUUAUAGUAACAAACAGCAAUGUUGCAGAUAAAGAAUUUUUAAAAUUAUUGGCUUACUGGAUUUACCUACAAGAAAAACUCUGUAUUAGGUAUUUAAGUACAUCUCAUGUACGUGAAGCACCAGUUUAAAUGAGAUUAUCAAAUAUUUCCAGCAUCUUGUUGCUGAACCUAAAAGUUCAUUUCUUAUCACUUUCCAUGGCACAAUCUUAAAGCCAAGGAAGAUAAAACUAGAAUGGUAAUAAAUAUUAACGGAGAAAUUCAGUUCCUUCCCUAUCAUAUUUAUGUGUCUCAAGUAAAACAUAGAUGAGUGGCAAAAGGUCUACUGCAUUCUCUGGAACCUACCCCUCCAGAGUAGUCACUGGCUACCAGAGGAUUAACACAGGACUGAGUAGGUCAAAGCCCGGGCUCUGUCAGGUAAGGGCUGGUUUUUACUACUGAGCAACUCACAAACACCACUGGUAAAGCAAAGAGGUCUGAGUGUGCAUACAACUCAGGGAACCCUGAGUUUACCCUUAGUUACCACUAAAAACUAACAAAUGAGACUCCACUGAGGCUCAACUUCAUAUACAAAAAUCAACACAUUUGCCUGACAUGUGUUAUUAUUGUUAGCAUGCCUUUCUUAGGUAUAAAAGGGGUAAUGGUAUAUCUAGGUUUAUGCACAGUUAAGAAUCAACUAUAAAUAUUCAGACUUGUAUUUUAAAAUUACAGAUCAAAAGUGACUCCCAAAAGAAAAUCAAUUUCUUCAUAAAUGAAAUACAGUAUAUAAAAAGCUGGAAUGAUGAUUAAUUCAAAUAUAAAAGCUAGAUACAAAAACCCUACUUUUUCUUCCAAACUACUUAGAUUGAUACAGUUCAUACUACCACACAACUGUUUUACAUUACAAUUACACCACUAGAGAAAAAUAUGAAUAAAACACUUCAGUUAGCAAACUGAGGUUCUACUUGUUGACAACUGCACUAAAACUGCAGCAUUUAAACAGAGCUGAGAAACACCAUUCUUAAGCAUGGUUUUCUUCUUCCUGUUCUUGUGUUCCACAGUGAUUAUUAAAGGAAGGAAUCUGGUCUGUAAAUGACUGGGUCAUCCACUGCCCAUUAGGAAUGCCACUGAAAGCUGAUUCUCCUUGUAACUCCAAACUGUCAACUGCCAGAAAAGGAAACCAAAGUUAGUUUAUGCCAUUAAGAAAUUUUUGCUUUUUUAAAAAUAGAGACUGGGUCUCACUCUGUCACCCAGGCUGGAAUGUAGUGGCGCAAUCACAACUCUUUGCAGCCUCAAACUCCUGGGCUCAAAUGAUCCUCCCAUCUUAGCGUCUCAAAGCACUGGGAUUAUAGGUAUGAGCCACCACAUCAGCUUAUUUGGAAUUUUUUUUUCUUUUUGAGACUGCAUCUCACUCUUGUCACCCAGGAUGAAGUGCAGUGGCAUUAUUUUGGUUCACUGCAGCCUCUGCCUCCCGGGUUUGAGUGAUUCCCCUGGCUCAGCCUCCCAAGUAGCUAGGAUUACAGGCACCUACAACCAUGCCUAGCUAAUUUUUGUAUGUUUUAGUAGAGGCAGGCUUUCAUCAUGUUGGCCAGGCUUGUCUCAAACUCCUGACCUCAAAUGAUCUGCCCACCUUGGCCUCCCAAAAAUGCUGGUUACAGGUGUGAACCACCACGCCUGGCCUGGAAGUUUUAAAUGAUCAAGUAGGAGAGUUUAACAGUCUAGUGAAGGAGAAUGAUUAUUAAAAUAGUUAAGCAAGCUUCCUGAAUACAACUGUAAGUUCCUGUUCUAUUUUCAGAUACAGGACUCAUUCGUUAUUAAUUCUUAUUUGUUAUUAAAGGAGGAAAAUGCAACUAGGAUGGCCUAGAGUUCAUGACAUAAAGAAAAUGCACUGUAAAAGCCUGUGUAAUUCAACGUGAAAUAACCAUCAAAUUUUCACUAUUAGUUACUAAAUAAAAUUUGUAUUACCAUUCCCAUCCUUCAAUCAUUUACUCUCCUUCUAUUAAAAUUCUUCCCCCAAUCCUGACAAAACCGUCUUUGAAAGGAACACAUGUGUGGAGGGGAACAUACCCAGCCCAUUUGAAGAGAAGCCACAAGGUUCAGUGUUGCAUGGAUUUUCUACAUAAGCACCACCAUACGCUGCCUCAUAACCCGGAUCAUAUUUUUCUUCCUUAACAGCCAUCUUCUUUGCAUCCUCUGUGAGGAGAGUGAAAAGGAUUUAAAACUGAUUUUCUACAACAAUUCUGAAAAUAGCUUUAUUCAGAAAUCAUGAACAAUUCUUUUUCCUGAAUGUUCACAUACACUGAGAUACAUCUCUAUUAAUCUUUUAAACUUAUAGCGUAUAUUAAAUGAACACAUAAGAAUUGUAAAAACCUCUUACAUUCAAUUUUAGGUGGGGUAUAAUAUUUUUCACAUACCUCUGCUCUGGCACUUUGCAGGUGAAUUAUCUGCAGGAAUGCCAGAGUAGAGGGAAGACCUUGAUAAAAGGAGAUUUUAACAGUGACUAAUAUCCAUUAUCAGAAAAAAGAAAAAAAUUGUUUUCUUUUCUGCUUUUAAAUCCACAACAUACUUUCUGUAAUGUGUGUGUGUAUAUACAUACGUGUAUAUACACACAUACAUUGUGUGUACAUAUGUAUAUAUCUGUGUAUAUAUGUAUACAUAUAUGUGUAUGUAUAUGUAUACACACAUAUAGAAAAUAUGUUGUAUAUGUAUGUAUAUGUAUACACACACAUACUAUAGAAAAUAUGUUGUGGAUUUAAAAGCAGGAGAAAAGAAAACAAUCGUAUUUCCAGCAAGAGUGCUCUGAUACACACACACACACACACACACACACACACACGUGUGUGACAGUGAAUAAAAGGAGUGAGGACAGUAACAUACCUUGGGCAAGCUGUAGGUCAAAAGUAUACUGGACCUCUUGAACGUCCAUAUUUCGUUCAAUGCCUUUCAACUGAUCUCUUAAGUCCUUCAGCUUUAUGUAGUAAUGAACUUUGUCCUGGGCUCGAGGAAACUGAGCACAUCUUGCACUGGAUGAUGGCAUAACAUAGCAGAGCUAGAAUUGCAACAUUUUAUAAUUUCAGAAAUCUUAUAAUUCUAUUGAAUUCACUCACAUUGAGAUUAGAAUAUUGUCUUUAUUUGGGUUAAUAACUUGAUACUUAACUACAUAUAAAUAUAUGUAAAAAUCAAUAAAAGUAGUUGUGUUUAAGUUCAAAUCUGUAAUACUGACUUAUUACCAAGUUGGUAAGUAAAAAAUAAUGAGGCUCCUUCUAAUGAGUCGCCUCCUGGGUUCAAGCAAUUGUCCUGCCACAGCCUCCUGUGCAGCUAGGAUUAUAGGCACACAUCACCAUGCCUGGCUAAUUUUUGUGUUUUUAGUAGACACAGGGUUUCACCAUGUUGGCCAGGCUGGUCUCAAACUCCUGACCUCAGGUGAUCUACCUGCCUCGGUCUCCCAAAGUGUUGUGAUUACAGGCAUGAGCCACUGCAUCUGGCCUCGAAUGGCAUUGAACAGAGUACCCUACAGGAAGUAGUGAACUUGUACAAUUUUAACUAAGUGGACAAAGGCAGGUCUUCAUUUAAGCAAACACUGGUGCUAUAAUAAAAUGCAUUAAUUGCAUAUUUAUAAGAAAUUAAAAACAAAAAAAUUAAAAGGAGAAGUUUUAAUGUAUGUAGAUGGCAGAAACAUUUUUAGGUCUCCACAAAAACCUGUCAGCAAAUUAGCUUCUCCAUCAAUUAAAAUGUUGUAUAUACAACAUGUAAAUCUGUGCACUGUGUUGUUUUUAAAGCUGUAAACAAAACUUGAAACUAUAUUAAAGAAGCAAAAUUGGAACCAAAUGCCUGCAGAAGCUCUGUAGAGAAGACAGUCUGAAAAACAUUGUUGCUUCAUGAUGACUUUGUGUAUGAGACACCGGUAUCAAAUGCCAGUGAGGUUGGCUGGAGGCUUGUCUGAACUGUAUUAUUUAUACGGCUCUAAAAUGAAGGUGAGAUAAGAUAUAUAAAUGGGGCAAUUAGUUUUCCUAAUCAGGAUCAUGUAUGGGUUUCUAUGUUUGUGUCACAACUGAGUACCAGGGCUAAACCAUCUGAAUUUGACAACUACAUGCCAUUAAAUGUAUUCUGAAUGUUGUAUAUGAGCCAGUUCCUCUCAGUAUUUUUGCUGAGUAACAGUAUGAAGACAUUUAGCUGACAAAUGUUCUUUAUAAUAAACCCUAAUAGUAUUUGAAUUAAUUUACAACUAUUAGAGCUGAAUUAUAGUUAUUAUUCAACAAAAUACAGUGUAUUUUUUUGCAUGGCAUAAAUUACAAUGGACAGAACAAAUAAGGAAAUUAUCUAGAAAGAAAUUUCACAUUUAGCUGAUUUACAGAUUCAAUUUUAGGGACUUACGGUUUCUGUGUCUGGAAUCUUAUGGGGCUGAAGCCCAAAUUCCAAGUUCUUAACCUUUACUCCAAAAACUUCUUUACUAAAAAUUUCAUAAAUACCUAAAAUGAAAUACAAACAUAUUUACAUUGCCCAUAAUGUUAGCAAAGAAAAAAAUAAAAUUUAAAAGUAAAUCUUACAUUUUCCAUUAAACACUGCUAUUCGUGGCUGAUAUUUCUGUAAUUUCUGUACUAGAAUACGUCCUCCUUCACGAAAUUCUUUACUAAAAUUGAAUUAAAAAGUCAAAAAUAUAAAUAUGGCAAUAUUUAUAUGUAUAUAUAUUUAUAAUAUACUAUAUACUAUAAAUAUAUUUAUAAUAUAUACUACAUUCAGACAGCUUUCAAGGAAAGAUCAUAUCUCACAUUUGUUGAGCUCAGCUUGAACUAGAUACAUAUGAUGUUCCUAGCGUAUUUCAGGCACCAGCAUAGCCAAUGCUGUAUACUUACCUGGAGAGAUCUUUGCUGCCAGGCGUCGUCCUUUCCACCAUGUUGGUAAAUCCAAUACCAUACUUCCCUGGUAAAGUGUGAUCAUCCAUAUGAUUCAGUUGGACUUCACUGAGCCCUGACAUAAACAAACACUUCC